UCACUCCGAGAAGCCAACGCCCUGAAGUUAAUUAAAGGAGAGCCAACGAGUCCAGCAUCUUCUCUUCAUCCUCUUCUGCAAUCAUGGGGAGCUCCGCCGUUCUUCUCUUCUCCUGCAUCCUCUCCACCUUGGUGGUCGCCGGAUUUUCCUUAAUCUGCACUGAGUGUGAAGGAGAAGAUGAGAAAACCUGUAAAGGAAGCCCGGCCACAUGCCCUCCAGAAUCUGAAUUCUGUAUGGCAGUUUUGAAGUCUACUAUGUCUACUAUUGAAGGUGGGCAGGAAGUGAAGCAGUACAAGAGAUCUUGUGGGGAAAAAUCAAUGUGUUCUCAGAAGGAAAGUUUUACCUAUUCUGAUGGAGUAAUAAAAAUAAGCAGUUCCUGCUGCUCUACCAGUAACUGCGUUCCUCCCAUGCCUGCGUUGCCACAGACUAAAACAGAGAAGAACGGGGUCUCCUGUAUGGAAUGUCGAGGUUCUGGGGACACACCAUGUACUUCCAGCACCCGCAGAGACUGCACUGGGGAUGAGAAGCAAUGUGUCGCAUUAACUAUUACAGCAAAGCCGUCUCCUGACACUUCUCUGAGCGGUUGCGGCACUCCGGCGUUGUGUAUGAAGAAGAUGGACUUUAAAACCGGAGACACAGUGCAAGAGAUGAAGUUCAGUUGUCCCAGCGGGAGCGCAAGCCUUCAGUAUACUCUGUCUUUGCUGAUUUUUGCUCCCAUAUUCCUUGUCAAAGUCAUAGGAUAGACCCACCUACAGAGCUAAGAAAUGUAGAGUGGUGAAAAAAGAAAAAAAAAAAUGUAAACCCCUAAAGCGUGUGUAACCCCAACAAUGGACUUUUAUUUGUUGCCUUUUAGUAUGUUAGUCAUACUAUCAAAAGUAUUUUGUUAUAAUUGUUCAAUAUGCGCAAAAAAAAA